AUGUCAUCGAAACAUAGUAAAUAUGAACGCAGAAUUCGAUCGGCUAAACUAAAAGCCAGAUCAGAACUUGGCGACUCUCCACAUAGUUGGUAUUCUUGUAAAUAUGCGGAUAACUUCAACUUGUCUCUAAGUACUGUCCGUGAUUGUUGUCCACGUAUUGAUGCUUGCAAAGUUGCUUAUGAAGAAUUUGUAGCUGAAUAUGAACACCCUUACCAACCUGUCGUAAUUCAUAACGCUCAAACAGAUUGGAAGGCUGGUGAAAAUUGGACACUAAAGCUUUUGGAUAAAAAGUAUCACAAUGAGAGGUUCAAAUGUGGUGAAGAUGAUAAAGGUUGUCCUGUUAAAUUAAAAAUGAAGUAUUUUAUUCGAUAUAUGAAGGAAAACGAAGAUGAUAGUCCGUUGUAUAUAUUUGAUGCGAACUAUGGAGAAGCAAUCAAGGCUUAA